UUUUGGAAGAAAGCAACUACAAUUUUGUAAUAAUCCGAGCUGUAGUUCGCAAUGAAUAAUGGCAAAUAGCCAGCCCAGUUGUAAUGAUGUGAUAGUGCCAGAGUUAUACUUCCUCAUAUCGAAGUUCCUGACAGCGGGGCCCCUGCAUGAGACGGCAAAGGUGUUAAUCCAGGAGCUGCAGCAGAAGAAUGUUCUGCCGCGACGCAUUGACUGGCUGGGAAAUGAGCAUCAGCAGACCUUUGCCGAAUUGGAACAAAAAUACACGCAUAUUGGUGACAAUCAUUUGCAGGAAUUAUGCGGUCGACUAGGUCCGCUAGUGGAACGGCAAUAUCCGGGCAGUGUGCCAGGCAUAUUUUCGCUCCUUGGCACUGGUCGGCAAAAUCUUCUGCGUACGCAGGACACCAUUUACGGGCAUCGUUCUCUCAGGGAUUACUGUACUCGCCUCCAUGACGUAUCACUGCCAGAUGCAGACUAUACCAAGCGCACCCACAAUAUAACCCGGGUACUAGCUGGCCGGGAGUAUGGCGGGGAAGUUCGUCGCAAGCUCCUGGUGCCCACGGAGCUGUAUAAAAAGACUAUUUUGCUGCGCCGCACCGUGGGCCACCUAUCCUCCGUGUACUGCGUGCUUUUCGACCGCACUGGACGUUACAUUAUCACGGGAGCCGAUGAUCUGCUUAUCAAGAUCUGGUCUGCGGCGGAUGGGCGCCUCCUGGCGACGUUGCGCGGUGCCUCGGCCGAGAUCACGGACAUUGCCAUCAACCUGGACAACACAAUGCUGGCCGCCGGAUCGGUGGACCGCAUUCUGCGUGUGUGGGACAUGCAGACCACCUCCCCCAUUGCUGUCCUCUCCGCCCACACGGGCAUGAUAACGUCCGUGAACUUUUGCCCAUCGCCACGCAGCGACUUGCGAUACUUGGUGACCACCAGCACAGACGGUUCCAUUGCCUUCUGGCAGUAUUCGACGCCACGUGGCCAGAAGAUCACGUUCGCUCCAAAGCCCACGCAGUACCACGAGAAGCUGCGACCGGGACAGGCGCAGAUGAUGUGCACCACGUUCUCGCCGGGCGGCAUGUUUCUGGCUGCCGGCUCUGCGGACCAUCAUGUCCGUGUUUACAUGAUGGGCGAAGAUGGGCCCAAAAGAAUACUGGAAACGGAAGCGUACACUGAUGCCGUGGAUUCGGUGCAGUGGUCGCAUCGUGGCCUGAGGUUCAUAUCCGGCAGCAAGGAUGGCACCGCACACAUUUGGACCUUUGAGUCGCAGCAGUGGAAGAGCGUCAAGCUGUGCAUGACCGAACGGUUGGCCAGCUGCCCGGAGCCUGAAGAGGGCAAGAAGCUAAAGGUCACAAUGGUGGCCUGGGAUGCCUCAGAUCGUUAUGUCAUCACUGCCGUCAAUGAUUUCACCAUCAAAAUCUGGGACUCGAAAUCAGCCAAGCUGCAUCGUGUCCUGCGCGGCCACAAGGAUGAGCUGUACGUCCUCGAAUCGAACCCCAGGGACGAGCACGUACUGCUCUCCGCCGGCCACGAUGGUCAGGUGUUCCUCUGGGACAUUGAACAGGGCGUGAUGGUCACCGAGUUCUUCAAUGACAUCGACGGGCAGGGCCAUGGCAGCGUGUUCGAUGCCAAAUGGUCGCCGGAUGGCACAAUGAUAGCUGCCACCGAUUCGCAUGGUCAUAUCAUGAUCUUUGGCCUGGGAAUGUGCAAGGAUAAGUACUCCAUGCUGCCCGCUGAGCUUUUCUUUCACACAGAUUUCCGGCCACUGCUGCGCGAUGCCCAGCAUCAUGUGGUGGACGAACAGACGCAGAUAAUGCCGCAUUUGAUGCCACCACCUUUUCUCGUCGAUGCCGAUGGCAAUCCACACCCCACAAAGUAUCAACGUUUCGUACCCGGCCGUGAAAGCUGCACCAUUGAUCAGUUGACACCCAAUCUCACUGUGGGUGUGGAUGGUGUGGUCAUUGAGGAUAAUCUGACUGCGAAUGCUGCGAAUCCCCCGCUGAAUGCCAGUGUAGCCGUUGCACCCGCCGCACCGGCUGCUGCUGCUGGACCUUCAGGCUAUUCCCACAUAGAUCGCAUGAUUGCGGCCUUGGCCAAUCGCCAGUCGGUCGGCAGUGCCAAUGCCAACGAAUCGAAUGCGAGCAAUGGCAAUCAAUCGUUUGAACGUUUGACCAACCGCCAGCGUCAGGAGCAGCAGCAACAGCAGCAGCCCAACUCAAACAGUAGACAAUCUGCGCGCGGAAAUGUUUUAGGCGGACGUUUGGGCACGCCACGUCAUGGCUGGGGAGCAGCAGCGCCGCCGGACGAGCCCGCAUUGGCCCAGGAAGCAGGUCCAGAGGAAGCUGCACCAGCUGCUCAGCAGGCUUCGCCUCAGCAGGCAUUGCCUUUGAAGUUCGUCCGCCGGACCUAUGUGCGUCCCAUGAAGUACGCCCAGUUGCAAAACAUCAAGCAAGUGAGCUAUUCCGCCGGACUGUACGAGAAGCAAGAGUACAAACGGGAGAUGCGACGGCGACCCAUCAUGAUCAAUACUGCCAGUGCGGCGUCGGCCCAGCAGACGAGCGGCAGCAUGGGCCGGCCACGGAACACGAGGGCCAAUGGGGCCGGCCGACCCGGCAGGCGGCGUAACGCUCCGCCUGGACCGGGACAAGUGGUCGGACCACUGGCGCCAGCAUAUCGUACCCGAGCGGUGAGAGAUCAAGAACAGGAGCACCACUACGAACAGGAUGUGCCCCCGGCACACGAAGAGGAGGAGGAUGAUGUGUCCAGCAAUUCGUCGGGGGACACCAGCUACUCGAAUGUGGAGGCGAAUCUAGACGAGAGCAGCGACGAUUCGGACACGGACAGCUCUGACUACUCCGAUUGGGUGGCGGAUACACCGGGACCCAAUCUAGAGCCGCCCAAACGAUCUAAGCGCAAACCACUGACCCGUCGCCCCCACAGUAGCGACGAUAGCAGCGAUGAGGAUGCAGCCGGCAGAGCUGUCGGAGCAGCUGCCAGCGGUGGCAGUGGCCAGGGCCAAGGACAAGUGACGGCCAGGAAGGUGGGCCGAAAGACAGUGCUGUUCCCGCCCACGGAUGUCAACGGUGAAAUCCCGGAGCUGUACAGACCCGCCGAGUGGUUGUCCGAGGUGAUACCGCGCAAGACUCCGUACUAUCCGCAGAUGGGCGACGAAGUGGUGUACUUUCGUCAGGGCCACCAGAGCUACUUGGAUGCCGUGCGCCUGAAGAAGGUCUACAAACUGUCGCACAGCUCGGAGCCAUGGAACUUUCACACGCUGCGCGACCACGAGCUGGUGCGGGUGAUUGGCAUCAAGUAUGAGAUACGUCCGCCCCGGCUGUGCUGCCUAAAGAUGGCCAUCAUCGAUGAGGACGGCAACAUGACGGGGACCUCGUUUAAGAUCAAAUAUCAUGAUAUGCCCGAUGUCCUGGACUUUCUGGUGCUGCGGCAGACGUUCGAUCUGGCCGUGCAGCGCAACUGGAGCAUUGGUGAUCGUUUUCGCUGCAUGAUCGGCGACGGCUGGUGGAUGGGACAGAUCGAGUCCCGUCACGCCCUGUGCGCCGACUUUCCGGACUCGUUUUUCAUGUGCUUUCGCGUACGCUGGGAUAAUGGAGAGUACGAGCGCAUGAGUCCCUGGGAUAUGGAGCCGAUCGACCAGCAACGAGUGCCGGAUGAAGUCGGUGGCGCCGUGCCAGUCCUGCCCGAGGAAAUACGCGCAACGCUCUAUCAGCCCAAGUCCGAGGAGUGGCAUCGAGGCGACCGCGACGGCACCUGUCGCCGCAUCAUCAAUGGCCUCGAACAGGUGAUGCGUCUGUCCAUCGCAGAGCAUUUCUUGGCACCCGUCGACCUCAACAUAUAUCCCGACUAUGCCUACCUGAUCGAGUAUCCGAUCGAUCUGACCACGGUCAAGUCACGUUUCGAGAAUCACUUUUACCGACGCAUCACCUCCGCACAGUUCGAUGUGCGGUAUUUGGCCACCAAUGCGGAGCAGUACAAUCGUCGGCACACGAUCAUUGUGAAGCAUGCGCGGAUUGUGACGGAUCUGUGCCUGCGCAUCAUCAGGGAGGCGGAUGAGAUUGAUGUGGCUGCCGUCUACCAUCAGCUAGUGGAUGUCUAUCAUUCGUCCGAGUCCGAGAAUGAGGCUGACUCUGAUGUUGUUCCCUCAACCAGCACCGGACCCACCACAUCCGCCGCGGCAGCAGCCGCACGACAACGUGUUUCCUCCACCCGAAGGUCCACUCGCAUGCACUCGGAUGGGGAUUGGCGCUCGGAUUGCCGGCAGCUGUUGGAUUUGAUGUGGCAGCGGCCGGAUUCGUUGCCAUUCCGUGAGCCAGUGGACACCAUUGAGUUUCCGGACUAUUUGGAAAUCAUUGCCACUCCGAUGGAUCUGCGGACGGUGAAGGAGGACUUGCUGGGUGGCAACUAUGAUGAUCCCAUGGACUUUGCCAAGGAUGUCCGAUUGAUAUUCCAGAACUCCAAGAACUACAAUACCAACAAACGCUCGCGGAUCUACUCGAUGACCCUCCGUUUGAGCGCCCUGUUCGAGUCGCGCAUCAAGACGGUCGUCACCAAUUGGAAGGCGGCACGCAGACGCGCCAACAAGAACAAGUCUGGGAGCAGUGGGGGCGGACGUGGAACUUCCAGCAGUCCCAGCAAACGCCCGAACAAGGAGCGGACCACGCGUCGCAAUCAGAAGCCGCAAACGGCACCCAGGAGACUGCCAUUGCCGCACACGAGUGAGGAUGAGGACGAAGAUGACGACGAUGACGAUGAUGAUGAUGAGGAGGCGGUGGCGCGUGCCCAACGUUCGCGACGCCGCAACGGGGUGGCCGUUACGGCCAGUUCCACCCACUCGGGCUCAAAUCGUGUGACCUCCUCCUCAUCUGCGGCCCAACAGAGACGCCAUCAAAACAGCAGCAGCAGCGACGAUGAGGAGGAGGACGAAGAGGAGACCAGUGCCCAGGCGACCUCAGAUGCCAGCAGUGACGAGGAAGAAGAGGACGAUGCCCACACCAAUGCCAGUUCACCGCAGCAGGCUCGACCGCGACGUGGAAGACCGCGCCAGCGUCUCGUCGACGAUGAGUCCAAUCCAAAUGAUUCCGAGGACAGCUACAACCCCAAUGGGGGACGCAGCAGCCGCGGAGGGAAGAAGCGAAAGUCUGCCAACAGAAACGGACACUCGAACACGAAACGUCGCCGCCUGGACAAGAGCCCUGCGGGCAGCAGUCGUGGAGGAGCAGUCUCGGCCACCACUCGACGCACGCGUCGUGGUUUGGGAAGCUCCGAAGAGGCCGCCUCCCAUUCCCAGCAGGACGAGAGCACGCAGGACAGCCACAGCAAUGUGACCCGCCGAAGGGGCAGAUCCCAGGUAAAUUCCAGGUUUCAGGCCACAGACAAUGGCCCCAGUACCAGUGCGGCCGCUGCUGCAGCAGCAGCGGCUGCUGCUGCAUCCACUGCCCUCGAUCCCAGCUUGGAGAGUCCCUCACGGAAUACGCGGGCCAAUGGUGGGAGAGCCACCACAUCCACGUCCCACCAUGCGGCCGAGAAUGAUCACAGCUACCACCUGCCAGUGCGCAAUGGUCGGAUCAUUGAGUCCGACACGGACUCGCAUGGUCCCGUGGCGAGACCCACGCGUCAGAGCGCCAAGCGGGCGAUUCUCGACUGGGGUCGUGGCAGUGAUAUUGAAGAAGAGGAGGAAGAGGACAGCGACGAGGCUGAAGAGAUCCUUCCCACACCCACAAAAGACGAUAUGCCAUCGACCAGCCGCGCCGCUUUGGGUAUAGUCGGCCCAGCUCCGUCUCGCCAGUUGCGUACGAAUCGCAACACGGCCAUCAAUCAGGUCCCGAGCGAGGACGACGAUGAUGACGAUGACAGCGAUAACGAGCCGCUGGCGAACAAUCAGCAGAAAACACCCGCAAAAAGUAGCACAGCCAUUGCCGUAUCACAGGCGGCAGCACCACCUCAUCCUCUGGCACUGCGCCGAAGACUGGCCUCACCGCCGCCCCAAAGGAGCACGCAUAUGACGCGCUCCCAUGCCACCUCCACGACCUCCUCCAUAUCGACCUCUGCUCCAAACCAUCGGGAGGAUAGUCCUGCCGUGGCCACCCAUGACCACAAUUAUCUGGGAACUGUGAACGCGUCCAGGGCACCACCGAGACGCAUUUUGUCGCGGCAUCAGCGGAAUGCCGAUGAGCUGGACACGAGCACAGAUCCGCUGGAGAACACACGACUGAUCCAAGCCAUUGCCAACCACAGGCGACCCACCUCCACGACAAACAGCAACAGCAAUAGCAAUAGCCAUAGCAAUGUGGGGACCCGACGGGGUCUGCGUGGACGCACGAGUCAGGCCAACUCUCAGGACGAGGAAGAGGAGGAGGAUCAGGACGAGGACGAGGAUGAGGAUGCUGCUGCCUCCGAUGAGGGCACUGAUGGUGGGUCCAGUUCUCAGACCAACGACGAGGACGAUGAAGAUGAGGAGGAAGAGAAUGAGGAAGCCUCUGCCACCGAUUCCGAAGACAAUCAGCCAUUGACCAGCUAUGUGUCGCCCAGCAAUGGGAGGACUCGGACCCGGAUCAAGACCAAAUCCUCCUCGUCGUCAGCGACGGCGGCCGCACAAGAGCGCUCGUCGCAGCGUCAGCGAAGACCGCCACCGGCGCGUCGUCCGCCCUCGGACAACUCGGUCGUCAAUGAAAAUGAGAAUGAAAAUGACAACGAUGAUGAUGAGGACUAUGUGGUGCCGCGUAGCAUUUCCUCCCGCCGGGCCGAUCGGCAGCGCGGCAACAAUCAACGCGGUGGCGGUCGCAAUCAGAAGAGACCCCGCUACAAUGAGCAGUCCGAUGAGGAGCAAACCGAUCCGCGCAGAGCACAACAUCAGCGUAAACGUAUGCGCAAUGGCGAUGCCCAUGCCAGUAGCUCACAGGAGGAACGAGGAGAGCAAUCGCCGGAAGAGCAAUCCGGAGCGGAAGAUGAGGAGGAGCAGCCGGAGGACGGGGAUGGGGGUGGGGGUGGUGGCGACAUCUCUGGGGACAGCGACGAGCAAAUGGUGAGCGUGAGCAGUCGCGGAAGAGUGCGCAAGAUAUCGGCCAAGGCGCGAGGCAUCUUCAAGGAGUGACCAGACCAGACCACCAUAUGCACCAGACACCAGACUGUUUUAUGUAUAAAUUAAAUCUAAAAAUCUAAUUAAAAAGAGCCAGCAUAUGCGAGGGUAAAUCCCUUUCCCUUAUUGAUUAAUGUGUAAGAGUAAAAACCACGUCAACAACCACUUCGUCAUCGUAAUCGUCCAAGGAUCCAGAGGCACAUCGACGCCUCCUUUCUCCCCCCUAAUCUUAAGCAUUAUGUUGUAAUGUGUAGUAUCCCAUAACGCCCCAUAUCCAUUGAAAUUCAUUAUAUGCACUGCAAGAAGAAUACUAUUUUCAAUGAUUGUCCUUAA